AUGGGGAAACCACGCAUGAUUAUUCUUGUCCGCCAUGCGCAGUCAGAAGGAAACAAGAACCGAGAUAUUCAUCAGAGCACUCCCGACCACCGAGUGAAACUAACACCCGAAGGACAUCGACAAGCCCAAGAGGCUGGCGGUCGACUGCGCGACCUUCUCCGCCCUGAUGAUACCCUCCACUUCUUUACUUCUCCCUAUCGGCGGACGAGAGAGACCACCGAAGGGAUCCUGGAAUCCUUGACCUCCGACGAUCCGACGCCAUCGCCAUUUCCGAGGCACGGCAUCAAAGUCUAUGAAGAGCCUCGACUACGAGAACAAGACUUUGGCAAUUUCCAACCAUGCUCGACCGAAAUGGAGCGUAUGUGGAUGGAACGAGCAGACUAUGGCCACUUCUUCUAUCGUAUUCCCAACGGGGAGUCCGCCGCCGAUGCCUACGACCGUGUGAGCGGUUUCAACGAAUCGCUGUGGCGACUCUUCGGCGAGGAGGAUUUUGCCAGUGUAUGCGUUCUUGUCACGCAUGGCCUCAUGACAAGAGUGUUUCUUAUGAAAUGGUAUCAUUGGAGUGUGGAAUACUUCGAAGACCUACGCAAUAUCAACCACUGCGAGUUCGUGAUCAUGACCCUCAACCCUGAUAAUGGCAAAUAUACCCUCCAGAAUAAACUGCGCACAUGGUCCGACCUGCGCAAAGAGCGCGAGAGAGAGCGAGAGCGAGGGAAUGAAGCCAGUGGCCAACCUCCCGUGACCACUGCUUCUGAUCAUAUUCCAAUCCGACGGAAAUGGGGUGGUUGUCCUGAUGGUUGUACCCAUGGGUUGACCGGUGAGGCCAGAAAGUCUCUGCGAACACAAUUGAUGGAGUCUAUGCAUCGUGGACACACACGAGGCAGUGUCGCUACACAUCCCGAUCAACCGUCACCGCUGAAGCACGCUUCUUCCACCCCCGACAGUAUGGAAGGGGCAUUCCCCUUCCCCAACGACAAAAGCAUCUCCUUCUUACAUACCACCAACAACGGGUCUCAUUCCACUACACAAGCUGGAGAUGAGAACAAGGAUACGCGCAGGCGCUCUUCCAGCUCCGAUACUCGCUACGCUGGGGGUCAUCGUCCCGUUCGUCCCAGCCUAGGUCCUUUCCGGGACAGCGAAGACCACCUCUUCCACCCUCCCGUUUCAUCCUCGUCUUCCGUCAACCUGAAAAUGGCUCUUCUCCAUCUAGGCGGUCGCGACGGAGGUGGCUCCAUGAGCGGCGCAAACAGCCUCGCGCCAUCCGACGACGAAGGCGACGAUACCGAGCAUCCUCACCACCACGGCCCCCGUACCGGAACGCCUAUUCCGCACUCGCACUCGCAUUCGCAUUCGCAUGUUCACUCAUCUUCAACUUCCAAACCAUCACAAGACCUGGAAGAAGAUGGCGACGACGAACUCAGCUCCCAUCCAACAGAGGACUCGAAACGUCAUCCACACCACCAUGCACACCAUCACCACCAUAAUCACUCUACAACACAUACACACCCUAAUCCCCGUCCCAGUCACCACAGACAAACGUCAUCGACAACAUCCCAACAGCCCUGGAGAAUGGCAAACAUCCUAGGUGACGGCGACGACGAGAUAUCCACCAGCGAAGCCACGCAAACACCGCGCACGACAGAGCUACCAGCUCCCCAGGCAAACCCGGACGAGAAAGAGAAGGAUAAUCAUCCGGAAAGUCAAAAUGAAGGGGAACUCUCCCUGGAAGCGCAGCGGCGUGAGGACCAGAGUAUUCAGGGGAGUGUGUAUUGA